AUGAAAGGAGGCAAAGAAGAAUUAAGCUAUGUUAACAAUUCCAAAGUACAGGCCAAACAUGCAAAUUCCAUGCUUCACCUGCUUAAAGAAACCCUAGACAGAGUGCAGCUGAGCUCUCCAGAAUUCCUUUUUUUGGUUGCGGACCUUGGAUGCUCAAGUGGAAGCAACAGCAUCAACACUCCUUUUUCUCUGAUCUCCCUAGCAAUGACUUCAACGCCCUCUUCCAGCUCCUCCUUCCUCUGGGCAACCACGGCGGCAGCAUGGAGGAGGCCCUUGCUGCCGACAGCCACCGCUCCUAAUUGGCUGCAGGAGUCGCCGGCUCCUUCUUCCGGUGGCUUUUCCCGUCGAGGUCCAUUGACCUUUUUCACUCGGCGUUUUCCUUGCGUUGGCUCUCACAGAGGAAUGAACGUGCCAGAGAGUGUGCUAGACAAGAGAUCAGCAGCCUACAACAAAGGGAGGGUGUUCAUUCAUGGAGCAAAUGAGAGCACAGCCAAUGCAUACAAGAAGCAGUUCCAGACAGACUUGGCAAGCUUUCUCAGGUCAAGAGCCAAGGAGCUCAAGAAAGGUGGCUCCAUGUUUCUCGCCUGUUUGGGCAGGACCUCAGUGGACCCCACUGAACAAAGUGGCUUAGGCCUUCUCUUGGGGACCCACAUUCAGGGUGCUUGGGAUGAUCUUGUCCAAGAGGACAAGGACAUUUUGGAUAAGUUAAAAUCAGUGUUCAUAAGAUUCUCUAAUCAGAGCGAUACACAUGGUUAUAUAUUACAAUAUGUUCAUGGUCUUAUCACUAGUGAGAAAGGCGAUAGUUUCAACUUUCCUGUGUAUGCCUCAAGCUUACAAGACUUCAAGGAAGUAGUGGAAGCUGAUGGCUCAUUCACCAUGAACAAGCUUGAGAUUUUCAAUGGAGGAAGCCCCCUUGUAGUGAACCAACCAGAUGAUGCGGCUGAAGUUGGUCGAGCCCUUGCCAACAGUUGUAGGAGUGCGGGCGGAGUGCUCAUCGAUGCACACAUCGGUGAACACCUUAGCAAUGAGUUGUUUUCACAAGUGGAACAAAGGAGCUCAAGACAUGCCAAAGAGAUACUGGAGCAAAUACAGUUCUUUUACGUAGCGGCAUCACUUUCUCUUGCUUAA